AUGCGAGUAGUCGGAAAAAUAGACAUCACACACCACACCACACAAGUACUGACUGGUCACGGCGGAUUCGCCUUCUACUUGAACAGAUUCAAGCUGAAGGAGAAUCCGUCGUGUCUAUGUCAGCCCGGAGUAGAGGAGACGGUUCCUCACCUGUUACUCGAGUGCCCAAUUUUUGCAAGCAAUAGAUAUGCUAUUGAGCAAAAAUUGGGCAUGGCGAUGACGGAAGAAAAAUUUAAAGAUUGGGAAGAAAAAUAUAACCAUCUCAAAGAUAAAGUUGAAAACCAAGAAAAAAGGAUUUAUUUUCUGGAAAAAUGUGCAAGACAAAGAAACAUCAUACUUUUUGGUCUACAAGAAGAAGAAUCAUCUUACUCGGAUUUGGAGAAUAUUUUUAUUGGCUUCAUAGAAAAACAUUUUGGUAUAAAGUUAGAAAUACGAGAUAUACAAGAAAUAUUGCGAUUAGGAAAAAAAGGAAAAGGACCUAGACCCGUAAAAGUAACUUUUAUAACCCUUGGUAGAAAGAUAGAAAUAUUCAAGCAAAAAAGAAAAUUAGACAACACCGAGUACUACAUCAAAGAGGACUACCCAAAGUAUGUUUUAGAAAAGAGAAAAGAGCUACAGGAAAGAAUUAAAAUAGAAAAAGAAAAAGGAAAUAAAGCUGUCAUUAAAUACGACAAACUCAUUAUACUCCACAACAAGUCGGAAACAUAUAAUAACAAAAAAAGAAUGUUCUCUACUUCACCAGAAACUAAUACAUCAAAUCCUCAUAAAAUAACAGAUAGAAGACCACAAGAGACACGAAAUAUUAAACAAAAAACACACUGUGCAUUGCAAAGGUCAGCUAGUACAGAGGGAGUUCUUAAGCCUACGCCUCCUCCUAUCGUAAGUAAAACAAAAACUUAUAACACAAAAACAAAUAAACGAAGUCCCCCAAUACGGCCGGUCACCGCGGGGGUCAAAGACCACAACCCUCCACUCCAUCCAAUACAUAUAUGUACAUACAACGCUCGAUCACUACUAUCAUAUGAAAGGCUACUAGAGUUCAAACACGCCAUAUCAACUAUUAAAUAUGAUAUCAUUGGUCUAUCAGAAAUUAGACGUACAGGCUAUAAUAUAGAAGAAACUGAAGACCAUAUAUUCUGCCACUUUGGCGAAACUAAAGGCAAAUACGGUGUAGGAUUCCUCAUAAAAAAACACCUAAAAAAUAACAUAGAAUGCUUUACUGCAAAAAAUGAAAGGAUAUGCACACUACACUUAAAUUAUAAUAAUACAGCUCUAUCCAUUAUCCAAGUCUAUGCACCGACUUCAGAAGCUACCGAUCAAGAAAUAAAAGAAUUCUAUGAACAAUUACAAGAAACUCUUAUACCAUGCAGCAAAAAUGUUAUAAUCUUAGGAGACUUUAAUGCCAGAGUUGGUCAAAAAAUUAAAGGCGAAGACAGAAUUUUGGGAAACUCAUGCUUUGGAAAAAGAGACAAGAGAGGAACAACUCUAAUCCAAUUCUGCUGGGAAAAUAAUCUUUUCAUUAUCAAUAGCCUAUUUGAGAAGAAAAAUAAGAACCUCUGGACAUGGCUUUCUCCAUGUAAAAAGAGAAGUCAGAUAGAUUACAUUUUAUCAAACAUUAAAAGCAAAUUUACAAACUUUGAAACAAUAAACUUAUCAUUCCCGAGUGACCAUCGACUUUUGAGAAGCACUUUAUUGCUGACUAAGAAAAAAAAAUCUAGAACAACAUAUAAAGGUAAUAAAUUUUCACUACAAACUAAAGAACUACAAGAGAAAUACAUUGAAGCAUUAAAAUCUAAUUUAAAUAAUAUAAACCCACAGGAGAAUGACGGAAUAGAGAAGUAUUAUGAUAAAAUAAAGCAAGCUAUUGAUAAAAGUUUAAAAUCUAUAAACACAACCAAAGACCUGAUAAAAAGAAGAAAUGAGUUGGUGAACAAAAAACAACUAACAUCAGAAGAGAAACAAGAAAGAAGUUUCUUAUUUAAAAACAUUCAUAAAAUUAUUAGAAAGGAAUACCAGGAUCAUAGGCUUACUAAGAUUAAAAAACAUCUGAACACAUCAAGAAGUGUGAAAAAGAGUUUAAAAGAAUUGGCAACAACCAAAAAAUGGAUACCUUCAUUGAAUAAAAAGCAUGACAACAAAAAUACAUUUUGUAGGAAUGAAAUAUUAAAAGAAGCCACCGAGUUUUAUAAAGACCUCUACACUUGCAAAACAACAUCUAUAAUAGAAACACCCCUUACAACUAAUAAUAAAAAACUACCUAGGUUCACCGCACAAGAAAUUUCCUUAAGAAUAAAGAAACUAAAGAAUGAAAAAAGCAUGGGUCCUGACAACAUCCCGAAUGAAGCCAUUUCAACAGGUAUAACUCUACUAACACAUCCCUUAACCAAGCUGUUCAAUAAAAUCCUCGAUGAAAGGAAAAUUCCAACUGAAUGGGCAAAAUCGGACAUAAUACUACUCUACAAAAAAGGGGAUCCUAACGACCUUGGUAACUACCGACCAAUCAGCCUACAAUCAAACCUCUACAAACUGUUCGCCUCUUGCCUUGAUAAACGCCUUGAAAAAUACACCGAAGAAUUUCAACCCGUAGAACAAGCAGGCUUCAGAAGCAAAUAUUCAACUAUAGAUCACAUACACUCACUGGAACUCAUUAUAGAAAAAUACUUAGAAAUGCAUCGCCCGCUUUACCUAGCUUUCAUUGAUUAUGCUAAAGCAUUUGACUCAAUAUCUCAUAGUAGCAUGUGGAGUGCUUUACAAGAGUGUGAUGUACCAACAGAAACCAUAGAGCUCAUUCAGGACAUAUAUAUGAAAAGUAAAAGUAAAAUAAUAUUAGAUAGAACAGGCACAGAAAUUGAUAUAUGUAGAGGCGUCCGUCAAGGUGACCCACUCUCACCCAGAAUAUUUAUUAGCGUUUUACAAAAUAUAAUGAAGACACUAAAGUGGGAAACCAAAGGCAUAAACAUCAACGGUCAAUUUCUUAGCAACUUAAGAUUUGCCGAUGACAUUGUACUCUUUGCAGAAAGCUCAUCUAAACUAGAAUCAAUGAUAAAUGAAAUUAACUACAUCAGUAAUGAAAUUGGGCUAGAACUAAAUACAACAAAAACUAAAAUAAUGACAAACAGCACUAAGAUACCAAUACACAUUAAAAAUGUUUUAUUAGAAUAUGUACCAGAAUACAUAUAUCUUGGCAAACGGGUAUCAUUUUCAAGUUCAAGACAUCAGGAUGAGCUAAUGAGACGUGUGAAUAUGUCUUGGAAUAGAUUUUGGAGUAUGAAAGAAAUUCUAAAAUCCAAUAUUCCAAUCAAGAUGAAAAAAAUUGUGCUGGAUUCGUGUAUACUGCCGUCCCUCGCAUAUGGGUCCCAAACAUGGAUUUUUAACAAAAAAACGACUGAAAAGAUUCAGACAACCCAAAGAGCCAUGGAACGGAGUAUCCUAAAUUUAAAAAUAAAACAUAAAAAAAGAAACACAGAUAUAAGAAAAACAACAAAUGUGAUUGACGCUCUGGAACAAUGUAAAAAACUAAAAUGGAAGUGGGCCGGACAUAUCGCUCGAAUGAAGGCUGACAGGUGGGCCAAAAGAGUAACGGUAUGGAAGGGACCCAGUGGUAAGAGAAACCGUGGCAGGCCGGCUGAGAGAUGGCUAGACGAAAUUCUGAAACUAGCUGGAGAAAAUUGGAUGAAAAAAGCAAAUGACAGACUAGAAUGGAGAAAACAGGAGGAGGCCUUUACUCUUAAGAGGUCCUUAAUAAAGAUUGAUUAA